UUACGGCGGGAGAAAAGAAGCAAAAAGCUAAGAAAGAAAGCAAAGAAAAACCACCGAAAAGCAACCUUUUACCUAUGUGUCGAUGUCUCUAAGUGUCUUUGAUCUUAUUCAUCAUUUUUAACACACCCAACAAACACAUGCACCACCAAUUCUCUCUCUGUGUUUUGUUGUCUCUCUCAAUGGGGGAGAGAGAGAGAGAUUGUAAAGCCUGUCCAUGAACGAUUCAGUGUGUUAUUGAUGACCCUUCUUCUUCAAUUCUCUUCUCCAAUAUGCUUUUGAUCUUCAGUGCAGGGGAGAAGAAUAGAAGAUCUUGAUUAGUGGGGUGGAGCCCAUUUCUUCAAUCUGUGAUCCAUUCAUGCACUGUGAAGUAGCAAUAUUGCUUUGUUGAAGAAAAGAUGGAGAGUGGUGAAGGCAAUAGUAGUAACCAGAGGUGUGCACUGUUCAAGGAUUCUUCAUGGUACAGUCAAUUCACAAAUGCAUCCAAUCCAUGGAUGGCAAGAUAUGUGUAUGGUUUGAUUUUCUUAGUUGCCAAUCUCUUGGCUUGGGCUGCUCGUGAUGAACUUUCUAGCAUUACUGCUUUAACACAACUUAAGGGGUUAAAAGGAUGCAAGGUUGGCAAAGACUGUUUGGGUGCAGAUGGUGUUUUGCGUGUGAGCAUGGGUUGUUUUUUAUUUUAUAUGAUAAUGUUUUGGUCAACUGCUGGCACUUCUAAAUUGAACGAAGGAAGAGAUACAUGGCAUUCUGGAUGGUGGUUGGUCAAGAUUAUUCUUUGGGUAUUCGUCACAAUUUUCCCAUUUUUACUCCCUUCUGAGUUGAUUGAGCUAUAUGGGGAGAUUGCACAUUUUGGUGCCGGGGUUUUCCUCCUAAUUCAACUAAUAAGCAUAAUCAGCUUCAUUACAUGGCUGAAUGAUUGUUUCAGCUCUGAAAAAUAUGCAGAAAGAUGCCAAAUACAGGUGAUGUUAUUUGCAACUAUUUCAUACUUUAUAUGUUUGGUGGGGAUCAUUUUGAUGUACAUUUGGUAUGCGCCAAAGCCAUCUUGCCUCCUCAACAUUUUCUUCAUCACUUGGACCCUGGUACUUCUCCAACUCAUGACAAGUAUAUCGCUACACCCAAAAGUAAAUGCUGGCAUUCUAAGUCCAGGGUUGAUGGGCCUUUAUGUUGUCUUCCUUUGUUGGUGUGCAAUUAGAAGUGAACCUGCAGGAGCUGACUGCGUCAGGGAGUCAGAAUCUGCAAACAAAACAGACUGGCAAAGCAUCAUUAGUUUCGUUGUUGCGAUACUAGCAAUCGUUGUGGCAACAUUUUCUACAGGCAUAGAUUCCAAAUGCUUUCAGUUCAGGAAGAGUGAUGCGCCAGGAGAAGAUGAUGUUCCAUAUGGUUAUGGCUUCUUCCAUUUUGUCUUUGCCACAGGAGCAAUGUAUUUUGCAAUGCUAUUGAUUGGAUGGAAUAGUCACCAUUCAAUGAGAAAAUGGACAAUUGAUGUGGGCUGGACCAGCGCCUGGGUCAGAAUAGUAAAUGAAUGGUUGGCAGUGUGUGUUUAUUUAUGGAUGCUAGUAGCUCCAAUCAUAUGGAAGAACAGACAUGCUGAAUCGACAUGAGCAUGAACCUCCCUGUUAUCCAAGUUGUGGUUUGAUAUUGUGAGGAUUAAGAUCUUCAUAUAUCUGAUGCACAUGUAGUGGACUCCUCCAGCUGCUCCUCCUCUCUCAGAAAGGGAAAAGAAUUGCAAAUGCAACACCCAUGAAAUUUUAAGUCAGAAGCACUGGUUCUGGCAAUUCACAUGAGCUGUUGGAUUUGUUAGUCGAAGCCAUGCAGUUUCUCACUCCAGCAAGGGAUAGCACAAAGAAGUAUACACCUUUUUACCUGUUCAUUUUUUUUUUUUGGGUAACAUUUUACCUGUUCAUUUAUCACUGAUGGAAUAUAAAGUAACUUAACAACCAUUUAGUAGAUCCUGCCUAUCACAAAUUUCAUUUAUGAUUUGUCAAUUUAUAGUAUCAGUCACCAAAUAAUGAUCAUGUCACAAAUAAUAAACACUAAGUUCAACCACU